AUGCGCGCGCACGCAUCCACGGCCCACCCCCACGUGCGAGCUAAGGGGCGGGGUCACGGGCCGCGCAGGCGCACUCUGGAUUACCGCCCCCGGGUUGCCUGGGUAACGGCGUGGACGCCGCUGCGGCUGCAGGCCGGUGCCGCCAGCCCCAAGAUGGAGCCCUCGAAAAACUUAGCCGAGCUCCAGAAGUUUUACCACCAGAUGCUGCGCCCGCUGUCGCUCUUCCCUCGCCAGAAGCCGCCUCCCGAGUCCCCGAGGCGCCCCUCGCAGGACGUCCCGAUGCUGCCGCCUCUGCCGGUGUGGCGGCUGACGGCGGCGUCGCUGUCCCGCCAGGUGGCCCUGCAGCUGGAGGGCAUCAAGCUGGAGAUGCCCGUGCCUCCCAAGGCCCGGCUCUGCUUCACCAACGUCAUCCUGGACGAGAUCAAGUGCAGCUGGCAGGAGCCUCCCUGCCAACUGAGCCUGAGCCACGUGGACAACCUGAGGCUGCGGAAGCGGCUGCAGGCCCACGUGCUGUUCACCAGCGAGCUGCUCUUCCUCCACUACCUGUACCUGCUGGUGACCAUGGCGACCCCCGAAGCCGUCUUCACCGAGUCGGCCAUGCUCACCCGCCUGGCCGCCAGCCUCGCCAGGGACUGCACACGCUUCCUCACCAGCCCGGAGGUCUCCCGUUCUCUGUUGGCCGAGCUGCAAGCCCAGCUGGAGGUGGAGCAGUCCCGAGGCAGCAUUCAGAAACUCCGCAUCUUCGGCUCCAGUAGGGACUCCAAGGCCUGUGAAGUCCCACCGCCUCGCAGACCCAUCUUCGGCCAAGUGCCAUCCACCGGCCUCAGCCUGAACUACCUCAUUCAGCUCAGCCGCCCAAGAGAUUUUCUCACUGAGCCUGAACAGGAUGCCAUGAUGGAACUCAAGUCCAUCCCACAGCUGAAGAAGAAAAGGCCUCUGCGCUGGCUGUCCUCCGUGCAAAAGAAGAAACAAAGCGACACCGGUGCCUUACAGGUUGUGUCACUGCCCAAGGAAGCUGCGGCUCCCACCGGCAGGUGUGUCCCUACCUCCCCUGCGCCUGGCACGCCCCUCCACUCCCAGAUCCACAGGGGCCAGUCCAUGCCUUCUCUGCGUGAAGGCUGGAAACUAGCAGAUGAGCUGGGCCUCCCUCCACUGCCGCCUCGGCCCUUGUCCCCCCUGAUCCUGGUCACAGAGAGCAAACCGACGCUGGCAGGGGACGUGGUGGCUGAGGACCUGAAGAAGACAAUAAAGGAAAUGAAAAUAGUGUGGGCUCACUACUCUUCGCUGGAGUCCGGUCUGCCCCCACUUGUGGGGACCCUCACCUACCGCCCAUCGGCCCAAGAACAUGUGAAAGAGCUACAGAGAAUGCUGAAGGACCUGGAAGAGGAGGAACAUUCUGAGCGGUCGCGCCUCCAGGCCCCCAGGCCCGACCCAGUUCAAUCCCAGCCGGUGACUGUCACGGUGAAGCUGCGAGACCAGGGUGUGGUGCAGGCAGCCGCAGUGCAGAUCUCCGAGAGGACCUUUGUGGACUCCUUCCACGUGGAGGGGGCUGGGGUCCUGUACAACCACCUGACCGGUGAGCUGGACUCCAAAGUCAUCGAGAAAAUGGAUAUCGAACGCUAUAUGGGCAACAGCAUCAGGGAGAUCUACACAGAAUUGAUGAGCCGGGUCUCUACCAAGCACUUCGCUUUCGACCAAGGUCCCCUGGUUGAGCCCACAGCAAACACAGACUGGUCAUCGCUUUUGUUCUCGGCCUCUCUAGGUGUGGAAAACCAGUAUUAUGCCGUCAACCCCAAGCUGGUUGGGCUGGCCUCCAGGAAAACAUCGCUGGUUCAGAGCACCCCUGACAAAAUAGCUUCCUUCUCUUCACUCCACUCCGUCAAGCACUUGGAAAAGCGGAACAAUUCCUCGUGGUUCAACUGGUGGAAGAAAACCGUAACUUCGAGCGACUACUUUAAGUUCCUCUCCAAGCAGCAGACAGAUUUCCUCCACGUCAUCUUCCAGAUGUAUCAAGAGGAGCCCGUUGUAGAGACUGUCCCCACAGAGAAAGAGUUCCUGAAGAUCGAGCAGCCUCCGCCCUUGCUGAAUAACGAAGAGCCAGACUUCGUGCCGGGAGAGUGGAACUGGAGCACGGUGCUGGAGUACGGCGCGGAGAUGAAGGACGAGGUCCCGGGAGAAUCCCAGAAAAUCCUGGACCUGCAGGAGCGCCUGCACCGGCUGUGGUCUAUGCUCGAGGUCCCCAGCAAGGACCGGCUGGACAUGGCCAUCAAAUACAGUUCCAACACCCGGCUCGGGCAGCUGCCUUCCUUGGUGAGCUCCUGGGAGCUUGUCCUGCAGCCCAUUCAGCUGCGGGAGAAGUUGCUGGCGAGACUGGAGUGGUUUGAAUGGCAGGCCUCUGACCCCAACCGCUUCUAUCAGAAGACCAAGCUGGGCCCGACUUACUUGCGGGAGGAGAGUCGGAUCCGCAACCAGCUACACCAGAAGCUCUGUCUCCUGGAGAAGUCUUUGGUCUCCCUCCUGAGGAAGAUAGAGUUGUUCUUUGGCGAGCCAGUCACCCUCCAGGGGCGGCGCUACCUGGACAAGAUGAAGCGCGACAAAGUGGAGAUGUUGUUCUGGCUGCAGCAGCGGCGGCGUCUCUGCCACCUGCUCCGGGUCCAGAGUCCGCCCCCGCCCAAGGCAGCCUUGUCCAAGAAGGCCAGCAGCAAGCCGCUGACCAUUCCCGGGAGCACCUCCGCUAACCAGUGACCGGGUCAAGUGUCCUCGAGUCGCCCUCAGAUGCCAGGGGCUCACCUGCCCCCUGCUGCCUUAGACCCGAUUUCUGGGGGACGCUUAGGUCUCUCACCACGGCAGGACUGCCACCGACACUUCAUUUCAACAGCAAAGUUCUAAUAAAAGGAUCCAUAGGCUUA